AUGGUGGCCAAGCCCGUCAUCGAGGACGUGCUCGGUGGCGUGAACGGGACGAUCUUCGCGUAUGGUCAGACAGGCAGUGGAAAGACGUUCACCAUCACUGGCGGAGCCGAGCGCUAUGCGGACCGUGGCCUGAUCCCGCGCUCGAUCGCGUACAUGUUUGAGGCCUUCAGAAGUCGCAGCGCGCGCUACAAGAUGCACAUCUCCUACCUGGAGGUCUACCAGAACGCCGGCUACGACCUGCUGCGGGAUGACGGGGCGACUCGGCUGGAGGACCUGCCCAAGGUGAACAUCCGGGAGGACGAGGACGGGAACAUGCAUUUGAAGAACCUCUCCGUGUGCCAGGCGGCGUCAGAGGAGGAGGCCCUGAACCUGCUCUUCAUGGGCGACACCAACCGCGUGGUGGCGGAGACUCCGAUGAACGACGCGAGUACCCGGUCGCACUGCCUCUUCAUAAUGUGGGUCGACUCGGAGAGCGGGGGCAGCGACGUGGUCCGCCGCUCCAAGCUGCACCUGGUGGACCUGGCGGGCAGCGAGCGCAUCAGCAACACCGGCGUCACGGGGAAGCUGGCCACCGAGGCGAAGGCCAUCAACCUGUCGCUGCACUACCUGGAGCGCGUGAUCGUCGCCCUCCACAGCCGGAGCCGGGGGCAGGACACCCACGUCCCAUACCGGGACUCUAUGAUGACGAGCGUGCUGCGAGACUCCCUGGGCGGGAACUGCCGGACGACGAUGGUGGCCUGCGCGGCCGUAGAGUCGAGCAACAUCCCCGAGUCGAUAUCCACCUGCUCCUUCGCGCAGCGCGUGGCGCAGAUCAAGAACAACGCCAAGGUGAACGAGGAGCUGGACCCGAAGCUGCUGAUCGCGCGCCUGAAGCGCGAGCUGGCAGAGCUGAAGCAGGAG